CGUCUCUCCGACGCGAUUGAUAACGAGCGCGCCAUUUUCUCUCCACGUUCGCGCGCGCAGAUAAUAUUGUCUGUUUCAUUUUUAAUUGAGAAAGGAUUGGCCUGCUAGGUUUCCUGUUGAUGUUGAUCAUGACACCGAUUGCUGAGCAUAGGCGUCAGUCCAUUCUGAUCCGUCUGUUUGGACCUGGGCAAAUGCCUUAUGCGGUGGGAGCAAGUAGCUCCUCGAUUGAGCCGCGUACACGUGCCCAGAUCGAGGCACGAAGAAGUGAACUGGGAGAGCUCCUCUCCCAACUACUCGUGGAUAUGGAGUUUGUUGUCCCUGCUGCAAGAGAACAGAUCCGGGGUAAAUUUGACCUUGAUGCGAUCUUUGAUCGUUUGGCCAAAGCUAUCACGGGUGUGGAGAUGAUAGCAGCAGCGACUGAAAUCCAGAAGGUUAUUGGCCAGUGUCGUCAGAUACUGGACCAAUUUACCAUUCAGCAGGUGGAAGGAAUAGCUCAGCGAAAGGAUGGUGCGCCAGAAGUGAAAGUGGAAAACAUUGAAGAGAACAUCCAAGAGUUGAAAGAGAUACUCGCAAAAGAAGAGAAAAAGCGAGAAGAACUGUUGCAAAAGAAAGAACAGGAAACUAGACUACAACAGAGAAUGGGUAGAGUACAGCAGUACGUUUCCUUAGAUGAAAAAGAUGUUGCUCAGACGCUCGGACAAAUAUUGACGUAUUUGGCUUUUCUUGAAGAAAAAUUGGACCAACAGCAAUCCAGAAUGGAUGAACUUGUUGUUGGCCUUCAUGUCAUUACUAGCAUUGUCAAGGGAAAAAACCCUGUGCUUGAAAAUGAUGAAGAGAAAGAAGAUAAAGAAAGAAAAGUGGACGUCAAGCCCGAGAAGUUGCUUCUUGGUGGAAUGAAAAACGGCGACACAACGAAAAAGGAAACGGUAAAAGAAACCGAGAAGAAACCUGAUGGGAAUGGCAAUGGAGAUGGGAAUGGGAACGGGAAUGGCAAUGGGAAUGGUGGUCCCUCCGGUCCCACUCCCUCUCCCAAGGACAAUGCCAAACCUGCAGAUCCGACUAAGCCAAACAAAAAGGAAAAGGUGAAGAUGAAAUUGCCUUUUACUUUUUCUAAUAAAAAAGAAGAAAACCUUCCUUUUUGGAUCGCAGAGAUCCAGACCUAUGUUGGGACCACACCGGUAGAAGAAGAGUCGCAAGUUGCAUUCACCACUUCUUGUAUGGGGGGUGAGGUGAAGCAAUGGGUUCUGGCGGAAGCAAAUGCCGCGGGGUUUGACGAUAUAGGUGAGUGGGUGAAGACUAUGACCUUGAAGCAGUUCCUUGCAAAAGUCAAGGACCGUUUCUUGGACAAGACUACGGCCGAUAAGGCCUUCGACCAACUCACCACGAUAGGACAGAAGUCCUGGUCUUCAGUUGAGUCAUUGUCUCGUGAGGUUGACCGACUGUUGCAGCGGGAACAAAUGACUUCGCAAGUCAAAGGUUCCUAUGCUGCUGCCGUAAAGAAUGGAGGAGGAAGCAGUCGGGGAGGCUACGGCAAGCGGAUCUUAUGGCGUCAAAAGCGCCAAGACCACACCCUCGUCGUAUUCGACGACGAUACAAUAGAAAAAUGGUCAUUGGAAAACGAGAAUGGUGGUGACAGCAGCAGUGACCACGGAAAGGGGGAGGUCACCGCUGCGAUGGUCAACAAGGGAGGACCGUCAUCGAACACUCGACCGAAGGGAAGACCACGCUCCUUCCCAUACCAUCCUGGGAUUGCGGCCGGCAGACCGUGGCUGAAGAUGAGACUAACCCGGGAGGUGUGGCAAGAUAGAACGGAUAAUGCGCAGUGCUUCAAGUCUGGCACUGCGGGGCAUGUCAUUGUCUUUUGUCUGUUGAUUAGGAACUCAAAAGGGAGCAGCCAGUAGGAAUAACAUUUUUUCCUACAGAGUCGGAGGGUGCGAUCACAUGCGAGGCGCCUACGAUCCCUUUCCACACU